UGUCUCCCGCCUGGGCAGGUGUCGAGGAGGGGGGAGGGUGUCUGCGGGUGCUGCAUGUUUUUGAGACGCAGGGGAGAAAGUGGCCGCGAGUCUGGGACACCUGGCGGGCAUCCGCGCCCGGGCCCUCGGGGAACACCCAGUGGGGGAGAGGGAGAUGUCUCUCCUCGGCGUCUCGUCCAGUUAGAAAAAUCACUACCUUUCGAGCCAAAAGAGUAUAUGAAUCCUAGCUCCAUCUGACCACAUCCUAGCUUUGGAAAAAUCUGGUGAUAUUCUGAUUGAUGAUUUUUGAUACAUGAUUGCUAUCUUUCUGGAAGUUUAAAGGAUUAUUUUCCUUCAUCUGUUGUUUUUACAUUUGAUGAGGACAUACCUAGGUUUUUCGUGAUGCUGAAUUCUUUGCUCUUAUGUAUGUUUCUGUUAAUGGUUCCUGGUUAUUAUGCUCAAGAUGAUGAAUGGAUUGAUCCCACAGAUAUGCUUAAUUAUGAUGCUGCUUCUGGAACAAUGAGGAAAGCUCCUCAGGUGAACUAUGGAAAACCAGAGGAAAAGGAAAUAAGUCUUACGGAUUCCAACUUGUCAUGUGCUGAUGAAAUGUCAGAAUGUUAUAAUAGACUUGAUUCUUUAACUCAUAAGAUUAAUGAGUGUGAAAAGAAAAAGAAGAAAGAUUAUGAAAGUCAGAGUAAUCAUGUUUUUAGGAGAUAUUUAAAUAAGAUUUUAAUUGAAGCUGGAAAACUUGGACUUCCCAGUGAGGAUAAAGGGGAUGUGCGUUAUGAUGCUGAGAUUAUCCUUACAAAAGAGACAUUAUUAGAAAUCCAGAAGUUUCUGAGUGGAGAAGACUGGAAAUCAGGAGCCUUAGAUGAUGCUCUAAGUAAUAUCCUAAUUAAUUUUAAAUUUCAUAAUUUCAAGACCUGGAAAUGGAGUUUUGAGACAACCUUUGGUGUGGAUCCAUAUGACGUAUUCAUGGUACUUCUGUGUUUGUUGUGCAUUGUUAUGUUAAUAGCUACUGAAUUAUGGACAUAUAUUCGUUGGUAUACUCAGUUAAAACGUGUUUUAUUCAUCAGUUUUCUUAUCAGUUUUGGAUGGAAUUGGAUCUAUUUAUAUAAGUUAGCCUUUGCAAAACAUCAGGCUGAAGUUGCCAAAUUGGAACCUUUAAACAAUAUUUGUGCUGAGAAGAUGGACUGGGUUGGAGGCCUAUUUGAAUGGUUUAGAAGUUCAUGGACGUUUCGAGAUGAUUCUUGCCAAAAGUACUAUGAACUACUAUUAGUUAACCCUAUUUGGUUGGUUCCACCAACAAAGGCAUUGGCAGUUACUUUUACCAACUUUGUAACUGAGCCAUUGAAGCAUAUUGGACAAGGAACUGGUGAAUUUUUGAGAGCACUUAUGAAGGAAAUACCGCUAUUACUUCAUAUUCCGGUGCUGGUCAUCAUGGCUCUGGCUGUAUUGGGUUUCUGCUAUGGUGCAGGAAAAUCAGUUGGUGGAUUGCGGCAUUUAAGAGACUCUGAAAGAGAACCUCGCCAGGCCCUACAUCAAGGCAAAGGAAGAGCACAGGAAGGAAUUGAUUAUAGGCAACAUGGUGGAGCAGGUGAUGCAGAUCUCUGUUAUCGGAGCCAUGUUUGUCAGAAAGAUCCAGGCCCUUAUUACAAAACAGAUGAGUGUAGAGGAGAGUUUUUGAGAGAGAGAGAUGUUGGUUUAACUGGCAACAGGAGCCCUGAAGUACUACGGGCAUUUGAAAUACCAGAUGGAAAGGCAGAAGAGCAUCCCAAGGUGGUACCCUCUCAGAAAUCACUCAUUUCGGAUAAGAAUCCAGAAGAGAUUUGUGAAAUCCCAGAAAACAGCAAUGUGAAAGAAGGUAACAGUAAAACAAGCCAUUCAGCAAAGCCAUCCUGUGAGCAACAGACACCAGGGAGUCAGGAAGGCAAGCUUCCAGCAGAUGAGGGUAUGUUGAGAAACGAAGUCAGAAGCAGCCUCCCACAAGAUGGGGCCCACAACCCAUCCACUGUCAUAGCUGGAAGUUGGGAAAAGAAUCAAGAAGACAGCCAACCUAACUAAAAGGAAGAGGCAGCCAUGGACAAAUGUGAAAUUGUGAGGUCUAGCAUUAUGUUUUCCCCUAGUAUUUUUCUUAAGUAUUAUAUAUAAUCUAUUACUAUUUGGGUAUUUUUUGCAGAAUUGCCAACAAGAGUGAAGUGAAGUUACUAGAUCUAAUAGUAAAUAAGUUUGUAAAAGUGGGUUCUAAGUGGAUGUAAUGAUUACAUUUAGUUUCAUUUUCUUCCCUUUAAUAUUCUGGCAUUUUCAUAAUUACUCAUUUUGGAGAAGGAUCUCACCUCCCAUUCUAAAAUGGAUGUUUAAUUGAUGUUUAUUAACUAACCAGAACUAAUGAUGGUUUAUUUAAAAACAUCGCUAGUUCCGAUUAGUUAAUGAAAAUAAUAAUUAGAGAAUAUUUUUAAAGAAAUACUUUUAUUAGUUUUCAGGAAUAUAUAGGGAACAAAAAACUAAUGGGUAAUAGUAUUGCCAAAUAGAUGCCCUCCUACUAUAUUGGCUUUAAUGAACAACUGACAAUACAUUAUAUGCAAGUGGUUCUGUUAAAGUGGUCAAAUGCUUGAACUGAGGAGUUUAAUUUCUUAAAUAGGACAAGCAUUUUCAGAUUAAAGUUUACUCUUAAAUGCAGCUAAACUUAUUUUCAUCUUAGCUCUUGGAAGCAUUAUUUUCCAAGGCUAUUCCACACUUUUUCAAAUAAGCAGGCAAGUGGGACUUGAAGAUCUAAGAGCUAUUUGGCCACUCACUCUCCCAGACCAAUAAGUUUAUUAUAUUCUAGUUGUUCCUCUCCAUUUGUUCCUUUACAAUCAGGUCAUCUUCUGAUAUGUUGUGAGAGCAUAGUAAAAUUGCCAGUGGAAAACCGAAUAAACAAACUUGUCUAUCAUUGUAAUUACUAGAGAUUCAGGAGAUGCUGGCCUAGAAAUAAUCUGAAAUACAGUGUGUGAACUUUGGCAGAACUAAUGAUCUAAGUGUUGUCUUUUUUUGUUUACUACUUGUAAACUCUUGUGUUGAAUGUUACUGAAGUGUGAUCCAGAUAAAUGGGGACUUAACUGUAUCAUCUCUAAUUUGCUUCACCAAUUUUAUUUUCAUAGAUGAUACACCUUGUAGUCACAGUCUCACUUUACUAAUUAGCGGAGUCUAAAUUACUGGUACUGCAGGAUACAAAUGCACAAAAAAGUCUUUGACUCUGUCCUAAAUUAAUUUUAAUUUUGUGCUUGGUUAAGAUUUUUUUUUUAAUACUAGUAGUGAUUUCUCUUAAGCACAUUUGUUUAGUAUUUUCCAAAUUUAAAUAUUCUCUUAUUUAGGAAAACUUGGCAUGCAUUUAGUUGUCUCUGAGAGACAUCGUGGAGUAGUGGAGAAAGAGCUGGUCCGAGCCAAGAAGACUUGAAUUCAAAAUCCGUUCUUGGCACACAUGUGUGAUCUAACAAGUUAUCUAACUUUUCAGUGCUCUGGGUAUCUUUCAAACACUAAUUAUAGAGAAGGCUUGGAUCUUCAUUGAUAGAGAGGAGUUUCCUCUCUGGAUUCCCUAUACCUCCCUGGGUUUAUCCCUUAGUUACCUUCUUUUUAAAGCAUAUUUAUAUGUUUGGGUUUGUAUGUCUUUUUUUUCCCCACAUAGAUAUUGUUAAUAUUUUAUUUUAUUCAUGCUUUCCUUUAAAUAUUUGAUCAAAGAAAAAAAUCAAAACCCUAAGUUUGAUUUUAUUGUGUCUUGAUUACAAACAUAGGAACAUAUUCUUUAUUUUUGUAUAAUGCCUAGUUAAUGACAUCUGAUACAUAUUGAUUUAAAAUUUUUCACAACUUUUCAGGAAGACAUCUAGGGGAAAAAUAUUGAGAUGUACUUUGUUAUAGACUUGUAUCUGUGGAAGAGUUGAAAGGAGCAGGUAGUUCAAUGAUAGUUUCCUUAUAAGCUUGGAUUUUAGCUGAUUGCACUAUAUUACUAAACCAUUUAAAAAAUGUUCCCCCUUAUUUUUAGAGACUCAUAUCUCUGGGUAUUAUAAAGAGACAAUUGUUGUUGCUGAAUCUAUGCAUCCAUGCAAGAUUGAUUUUGUAAAAAGAAGUUGAAUAUAUCAUUUCACUGUAUAAUUAGUUGGCAGGGAGAAUUGAGGCUUGUGUCUUUUUGGCCACUAUUUGUUUGCCAUUAUGUCUUCCUUUGUGGUUAAGUUAUCUUGUGACAAUUAUGCUUCAGAAAAAUCAGUGUGUGGGAGUAGGUUGAAGCUUUUUGAAACAUUUUUAAGGAAGUACAGUUGAUUUUACCAUUUGUGAGAGUUAUGUUCUCUAAAGUCCCCACAAAUACUAAGUAAGCCAUUGCUUGUAGGGGAAAUUCAGGGAUAGGUUCCCAUGAACCUUUGGGUAGCAUUUUUUAGCAUUUUCUUUUGGAUGUACUAUAAUGUUGAUUCAUUAACAUUAAACUCACAGACAGCAGCACUAUUUCAUUGGUGCCUGAACAGACCUUAUCUAAGACAUGUACUCUCUCCAAAAGGCACUUCGCAGCCAUCUUGCACCCUAAGAACAUAAGGCAGCACUUCAGCACAAUUUUGAGGACCAUUUUAAACAGCAAAUCAUUAGCAAAAAACACAAAAAGGUGAAAAAAGUGAUACUAAAUAGACCAAGAAAAGAGUCUUGAUUACAGUAGUAUGAGACUGAAAGAAAAUGGCCAAGAGUUGGCCUUGUUUAACUUUAGCUGAGGACAUGGACAUGUACAAUGGGCAACUCCGAUGCUUUAUCACUUUGUGUAUGACUGAAAACACCAUGAAUAUUGAUUUUAAGGUCAAGAGUUAAUUUUAUUGAGUAGAUACAUUUGUGAAUAUAGAAUUAAGAAUAAUGAGGAUCAGUGUAAUGUUUAUACAUAAAUAUUAUUAUACAUAAUGUCUUUUAAAGAACCAAAAUGUAUGUAUAAUAAAUUUUUAUUUUUAUAUAAAGA